AUGUCAGCCAUUAAAGUCGCUGCUAAAAUUCAACCAGCAAAGCAAGCUUUGAUUUUUUUCCAUGGUUUAGGUGACUCAGGAAGUGGGUUUUCAUUUCUAGCAGAAAUUCUUCAAAGAGAUCCAGCAUUUUCUCACACAAAAUUCAUCUUUCCAAAUGCUCCAGAAAUUCCUAUCACUGUGAAUGGUGGACAAGAAAUGCCAGGUUGGUUCGAUAUUUUAGAUUGGAACCUAGGGAGCAACAAUGUUGACAGAAUUCGUUUCUCUGCUUCUUUAAAAGGACUGGAAAAUUACGUGCAAGAAGAAAUUAACGAUGGUAUAGAACCAGCCAAUAUAGUGGUUGGUGGAUUUUCACAAGGUGCUUCAUUAACUCUCGCUGCAUCAGUCAGUUUACCUAUUAAAAUUGGUGGUUUCGUGGCCUUGUCAGGAUUUUGUUUUAAUGAGAAAUUUUUGAAUGAAGUCAAGAACACAAAUAACUUACAAACUCCAGUGUUCCACGGACAUGGUACUGCCGAUCAAGUAGUGCCAUAUCAAAUAGCUGAACUGUCAAGAGAUUACUUUAAAUCCAACUGUAAUAUGAACGAUUAUAAAUUUCAAACUUACAACGGUCUUCAACAUAGUACAUGUCCAGAAGAAAUGAAAGAUCUAGUCGUCUUCUUAAAGGGAGCGCUGAAUGUACAAGAUAUAUAA